AAACAGAUAUCGAAGAAGCUUUCAGAUAUAUGGCAAGUGGAAAACAUAUGGGAAAGAUAAUCAUAAAUAUUCAGGAAAAGAAUAAACCUUUAGAGAAUCACAUUCUCGCGUAUCCUCGCUAUUAUUGUCUCAAAGAUAGAAGUUAUAUUAUACUAGGUGGAUUGGGUGGUUUUGGCUUGGAGUUAACCGACUGGCUAAUAUUUCGAGGCGCUAGGAACGUCGUGCUCGUUUCACGAACUGGAAUAAAAAACGGUUACCAGCGCAUGAAAGUUCAAUUAUGGAAGUCGUAUGGUGUAAAUGUUCUGAUUAUCAAGGACAUUGAUGUCGCUAACAUUUGGGAUUGUGAAUAUCUUUUGCGAACUGCGGAAAAAGGAGGACCAGUGGACGCGAUAUUCAAUCUUGGUGUGGUAUUGAAGGACGGUAUCUUGAAGAAUCAAACUGCUGAAACCUUUGCGGAGUCCUUCCAAUCGAAGGCUCGAGCAACUAAAAUAUUGGAUAAACUUACUAGAAAGAUCUGCCUUAAUCUUCGACAUUUCGUAGUAUUCUCUUCCGUUUCUUGUGGCAAAGGAAAUGCUGGACAAACUAAUUAUGGCAUGGCCAACUCCGUUAUGGAAAGAGUGUGCGAAAAGAGGGCGGAGGAAGGAUUACCUGGAUUGGCAAUUCAGUGGGGAGCUGUUGGCGACGUUGGUCUCGUCGCAGAUAUGCAAGAAGAAGAUAAAGAAUUGGUUAUCGGUGGCACCUUGCAGCAAAAGAUAUCCUAUUGUCUUGACGAACUGGAUAAAUUUUUAGUUCAAAGCCGGCCGAUUGUGAGCAGCAUUGUCGUAGCUGAAAAGAAAGCAGGAUCUUGCGGAUUUGACAGCAUGGUAGAAGUUGCUGCUAAUAUUUUAGGUAGUUACGCUCAUGUAGAAUAA